UAAUAUACAGUAUAUUUAAAGCCAUUUAUGAAAACAUUUAAUGAAUUGACGGUUCAUUUAUUGUUUAUAUUUGACUCAAACUGAUUGUCAUAACAAACCCAAUGGUCAUCACAACUGAUAUCAAUAACAACGACAACAAUAGACUAUAAAUUGUUAUUUAAUUGUUAUUAUAAUUGACUGUAAAUUAUAUGACAAGUGAUGGGUUUGUUCGGCAAAGACCCGUCAAAGUCACCGAAAGAACAGGUACGCGAGUGGACAUCGAAGUUACGUAAACAACAGUUCCUAUUAGACCGACAGAUACGGGGAAUACAGCGGGAAGAAGAAAAGGUCAAACUCGAGCUCAAGAAAGCGGCCAAAAGGGGUGACAAAGACGUGUGUCUAGUAUUGGCCAAAGAGAUUGUCAACUCGAGAAAAGCGAUCAAUCGCAUUCACACAUCGAAAGCACAGCUAAACUCAGUGAUGAUGAAUAUGACACAACAGUUGUCGACAUUACGAGUGGCCAACGCCAUGGAAAAGUCGGGAGCAGUCAUGAAAUCGAUGCAACAAUUGGUAAGAGUUCAGGAAAUAUCACAUGUCAUGCAAGAGAUGUCGCGUGAAAUGAUGAAAGCAGGCAUUAUUGAAGAGAUGUUAGAAGAGACACUCGAUGACCAGUUAGAGAGAGACGACAACCUUGAAGAGGAGGCACAAAAAGAAGUGGACAAAGUGUUGUGGGAUUUGACAGCGGGUCAGUUGGGUGGAGCACCUGCUGCUGUAUCCGACACAUUACCUACAAUUGGAGAGCCAUCUACCAAAGUCCAGGCAUCAUCUGUAUCCCCAUUGGCCGAUGAUGACGACGAUAUCAGCGAAAUGCAACAGAGAUUGCAAGCUCUCAGGAGUUAGAAGUGAAAUCAUCUGAUUGUUGGCACCUAAUUGUUACCAUCAUUUGCAUCGUUAUAUUUAUAAACAGAUUUUUUAAAGACAUUAUUGAUAUUACACUAU